AUGCUGGAAUUACAGGUCUGCACCACCAUGCCUAGCUAGGUAUCUUCUUUUUAAAUGUUAAUAACUAGUGAUUCAAAUGUUCAUUCACAACAUCACAAAUAAUCAAGGGAACACUCUACCACCUACAGAACAACUUAUUAUUGGUAACUGACCCUAAAGUGAUGGAGAUCUACAAACUGCCUAACAAAGAAUUCUAAAUAGCCAUCUUAAAGGAGCUCAGUGAGCUACAAGAGAACAUGCAUAGACAACUAAAUGAAAUCAGGAAAACAAUACCAAAAUAAAAUUAGAAGUCAAGAGUAAGGUGGAAACCAUUAAAAAAAAAAAAAAGAACUUUUUCUGGAGGUACUGACAUACUGACUGAAACAAAAAGUUCUGGAGAAAUCUUACAGCAGACAUCUAUAAAUCCAUGCGAUUUAUAGAUCACCAGCAAGGGAAACCACGUGCAGAUUUUGGUUGUCUUGAAGGACAACCAGAAGAGAAAAGACAAAGUGAGGAAUGAAGAAGGAGGCAGUACAAUGGAUAGCACAGAAAUAUAAAGGAUGCUGAGAGACUCCAUGGACACUUACGCACUGAAAAAUUGGAUAUCCUAGAAAAAAUGGAUACAUUCCCAGAAAUACACAACCUACCAAGCUGGAAUCAUGAAGAAAUACAGAAUAUGAACAGAUUAAGAUUGAGUAAGGGGAUCGAAUCAGUAAUCAAAAUCCUUGCAACAAAGGAAGUCUGGAAUCUGAUGGCUUCGUUGGUGAACACUGUCAUACCUUGAAGAAGUACUACUGACCCUUUAAAAACUCUUCCAGAAAACUAGAAGAAGGAGCAACAUUUCCAGUGCUGUGAGGUCAAGACCACUGUGAGACAUGAAGCCACCGUCAUCUCGGGUACUGAAAUGGCCAAACAGAUCCAGAAGGAAGUUCAGCAAGGUGUGGAGGCCUGGCUCGCUCUGGGACACGAGAGGCCUCACCUGAGCAUUGUUUUAGUGGGGGACAACCCAGCAAGCCACACCUAUGUGAGGAACAAGAUCCGAGCUGCCUCCGCCGUAGGUAUCUGUAGUGAGCUUAUUCUAAAACCUAAGGAAGUUUCUCAGGAAGAACUUUUGGAUAUAACUGAUCAGUUGAACAUGGAUCCCAAAGUCAGUGGCAUAUUAGUCCAGCUACCACUUCCAGACCACGUGGAGGAGAGAACCAUAUGCAAUGGAAUUGCCCCAGAAAAAGACGUGGACGGUUUUCAUGUUGUUAAUGUGGGGAGACUGUGCCUGGACCAGCGUUCCUUCAUCCCUGCCACUGCUGGUGCUGUCUGGGAGAUCAUCAGGAGGACAGGAAUCGACACCUUUGGGAAAAAUGUGGUUGUGGUGGGAAGAUCCAAGCACGUGGGCCUGCCUAUCGCCAUGCUCCUGCACACAGAUGGAGACCACGAGCGACCGGGAGGUGAUGCGACAGUGACCAUAGCCCACAGGUGCACCCCCAGGGCGCAGCUGAAGACCCAGACGCAGCUGGCGGACAUCAUCGUGGUCGCUGCAGGCGUUCCAAAGUUGAUCACACCUGAUAUGGUUAAAGAAGGUGCUGCUGUGAUUGACGUGGGCAUCAACUGCAUCUGCGAUCCCAUGACAGCAAAGACAAAAUUAGUUGGUGAUGUGGACUUUGAAGCUGUGAGGAAGAAAGCCAGCUUUAUCACUCCGGUCCCGGGCGGUGUGGGCCCCGUGACGGUGGCGAUGCUUCUGAGGAACACCCUUCUGGCAGCUCAGAAAGUCAUUUACUAGAGCACAGGGAAGAAUAAAGUGGCUCGGGAGGUCAGACUGGUCACUGAUCUGGCAAACAGCAAAGACCUUUCUAUGUCACUACAGAGCUAUUUAUUUCUAUAUUGUCUUUAUUUUCUUCAUGAAUGGAAUCAUCGUGGAAGAGGUGGUUCGCACAGUUUUAUGCAUUUGCUGUUAACAGAUUUGGAAUUUUCCGUAAAACCAGAACAAUUUGAAUGAAAAAUUUUUUAAUCGUUUUAUGGGUGUUUGUUCAUAAUGUUAAAACAACAAUGGGUUCAUAGUAAAUACAUUUCUGAUAUAAUGAGAUAGCACACAUACUAUGUUUUAACAAAUGUUGAAUCAGCCAAAUGUGCACCAUGUAAAAUGUAAUUUAGGUUUUACCCUAAGUGGGCUUGGUUGAUAGAGUCCAUGUUUUAUGUCAGAUACUUGCUAAAGGAAAGAUGGAAUAGUAAACUAAGUCUUGAUCGUAGAUAACUCACAGAUGCAACCAACAGUGAAUGCAAAUGCACUUCACUCUGUACAUGGCAAAGACAGCCAUCCUAAUGAGAAGUGAUAUUCUAUUGAAGGAAAGAAAAAUAUCCAAGGUAGGUGAAAGACCCAAUGCCAUCGGGAAAGUAGGGAUUCUGUCACAGCCUGAAGGACCGUUCCCAUGGUAACACACGUGAAGACUGUGUCAGGUUUAGAUUUCUUUCUUGUUCUAAGAAAGUAUUUGGGCAGUAGCCUCACUGAAGAAUAAUGGAAAAAUCCAAAACACGUACAAAAUAAACCUAACGUUGUGUUUUCGCACCAACAUCAAGAAACUUGGUACAGCAUGAGGGAGGGUGCCCCUAACGGACGGCAACUGAAAGGUUUGUUCCCAAAGUCAGAAAUCUAGUAGGAAGGCCUAGUACUCUCAGUGUGCUGAAACUACAUCUUAGGACACAGCUGAAAAUCUGCAGCUGUGUGUGCACAGUUCGUUCCUGUUCUCUUAUGGCAUCUGGUUCUCAAAAGAAAUAUGGGCUGUCUAGCACAAUUUAUUUUAUUUAUUUAUUUAUUUAUUUAUUUUUUCCAGUACCGGGAAUCGAACUCACGACCUCGCACUUGCCAGGCAGGUGCUGUGCCGCUGAGCUAAAUCCCCAGCCCCUAGCACAAUUUAAAUUAGGAAAUACAUGUGCACAGUACUUGAAGGCUACCUUGAGACUACUAGAACGGUAUAACUGGUAUUUAUUUCUCAUGCACAAGCCCCAGUAUGUUCAUGAAUUAAUAAUGAUUCUUAAUGUGUGUUGGUAUCACUGUGUACUCUUGAUCAUUUUGUGAAAAUAGAUUAGACGUUUAAAAUUAACAUUUCAACUACAGAAUAAAGCAAUUUGAAAAAGGA